UGGUGGAAUGACUGCUUCCCAAGGGUUUCCCUUCGGCUUUUGAUGACGUUUGCGGAAGUAUACCGUUGAUGUGGACAAAAUGAUCGGGGAUCUCUUGAUAUUCGGGACUCUACUUAUGAAUGCUUGUGCAGUGUUAAACUUCAAACUGAAGAGGAAGGAGUCACAAGGAGGAUUUGGAGAUGAACCUCGCGGGCCAACUACAGGUGACAACAUCAGGGAGUUUCUCUUGAGUCUACGAUACUUCCGGAUUUUCAUUGCCUUAUGGAAUGUCUUCAUGAUGUUUUGCAUGAUUCUAUUGUUUGGAUCAUGAUCAAUGUCAUUGUUGGAGUGGACACCCCUGCGACAAAAAAAACAACAUUUACAUUUAUUUUGAGAUUCGGUUGCUGUUGUGUUGGAUCCUGCAACCUUUGACCAUUCUGUGUAUUUACCUUGUAUUAUACUGUACAUGUCAAUAUCUAUAGCCUGGACUUUUUAGUAAAAUAUACAGAAUAUGAAAAUACUACAACUAUUACAUGUUAAAAUAAAUGAGUUCUAUUUGGAUCACCUUGUUUAUUCAACACAACUCUGUGAAUAUACAAGCACCCAAAGCCGCAACUGAUUAUUGGCUAUUUUAGUCUCAUGUUUCAGUUUGUUUUAACCAUUUACUAUGUAUGUAUUUAGGUUGCUAAUCUGUUAUUUAUAGUCCCCGUUUCUUAUCAAAUUUGUGAAUACAAUGAGAAUAUAUUGAAAUCCACCACCAUGAACUAAUGUUGGUUUAACAUGGGUCUUCUAAUGUUAUUAACAGUUACACAUUAUCACUACUUUUGUGUACUUUAAUUUUAUCACAUGCCUAUGGUGUGGUUUUGUAAAAUAAACCUUUACUCUGAAAUGCA